UCGUGUCUCGUCUCUGGCCUGAGACGGGCGCAAGUUAACAAUCGGUACUUAUUCGGCGCAUACUAACAGUGUCGAGUCAAGUGCGCCCGCCGUCCACCACGCUCCGCUUUCUCUCCUUUUCCCUUUCGACCAUGGUGUCCUCUAUCGUGUUGGAUUAGGGUUCCUACUCGACACAAAGUUCUUCAUACCUUCUCGUGAAGAGCUCUUCCAUCCCCUUAUCAGCUCUAGGGUUUGGAGUCUCCGGAUUUUCUGCAGUAUCUCCAUCUUCCGUCGGCCAUGGAUCCUUCAAGGAGGCAACCGAAGGACUCGCCAUACUCGAAUCUCUUCAAUCUCGAGCCGUUGAUGAACUACAAAGUUCCGCAAGCUGAAGAUGAUUUUGAUUUCUAUUGUAGUAGUCAAGACGAAAGCAGAAGUAAUCAAGGUGGGGGAAUGACGGCAAAUCACAGUAAUGGGUCAAUAUCAGGGGCAAGAUCAAACAUGAAAAAGAGAAAGCAGUGGACAGACACUGAUGAUGGAGAGGAUGAAGAUGACUUUUACCAUCCACAAAUUACAGAAGAUCGCUAUCGAUCAAUGCUCGGUGAGCAUAUACAGAAGUUCAGAAGGAGGUCAAAGGAGUCUCAACCAAGUUCCAGGAAUGCGGGUAGUUACAGGACUAGGAAACUUGGGAAUGAUUACAAAGGAAGAUACUAUGAUAUGGACAACCCGCCUGAUCUGAUGGCUGAUGUGAGCCCACAAAGGCGGGGAAGCUAUCAUGAUCCAGACACUACCCACAAAAUAUCAUAUGAACCUUCUUAUUUGGAUGUCGGUGAUGGUGUCAUCUAUAAAAUUCCCCCAAGUUAUGACAAACUGGUGGCAUCAUUGAACUUACCAAGCUUCUCAGAUAUUCAUGUGGAAGAAUUUUACCUGAAGGGGACUCUAGAUCUGGGGUCAUUAGCAGAAUUAAUGGCCAAUGAUAAAAAACCUGGACCAAGAACCCACAAUGGAAUGGGAGACCCUCAACCUCAAUAUGCAUCUCUUCAAGCUAGAGUAAAGGUCAUGUCAGCUUCAAACUCCAUGCCAAAGUUCAGCCUCAAGGUGUCAGAAGCUGCAAUUAAUGCUUCCGUUCCAGAAGGAGCUGCUGGACAUACAGCACGGUCGAUUUUGUCAGAGGGUGGUGUUUUGCAGGUUUAUUAUGUAAAGGUUCUGGAGAAGGGAGAUACGUAUGAGAUUGUUGAACGGAGUCUACCUAAAAAGCAGAAGAUGAAGAAUGAUCCUGCAGUCAUUGAGAGAGCUGAAAGGGAGAAAAUUGGUAAAGCCUGGAUCAACAUUGUCAGAAGAGAUAUACCCAAACACUAUCGAAGUUUCACCACUUUUCAUCGGAAGCAAUCAAUUGAUGCCAAGAGGUUUGCAGAAUUCUGCCAAAGAGAGGUGAGAAUGAAGGUGGGUAGAUCAUACAAAUUGCCAAGGGGUGCACCAAUUCGCACCAGGAAAAUGUCAAGAGACAUGUUGUUGUUUUGGAAGCGAUAUGACAAGCAGAUGGCAGAAGAGAGGAAAAGGCAGGAAAGGGAAGCUGCAGAAGCUUUGAAGCGUGAACAGGAGCUUCGAGAGGCAAAAAGGCAGCAGCAGAGGCUCAAUUUUCUCAUUCAACAGACUGAGCUUUACAGUCACUUCAUGCAGAAAAAGGCCAGUUCGAAGCCCUCGGAGGCCCUGUCAAUAGGAGAUGAAAAGCCAAUUGAUGAAGAUAAUCCCAAACCUUCAGAUACUGAGCCUUCAGGCGAGGAAGAUUCUGAAGAUGCUGAACUGAAAAAGGAGGCCCUGAGAGCUGCUCAAGAUGCAGUAUUUAAGCAGAGAAACUUAACAAAUGUCUUUGAUUCUGAAUGUAUGAAGCUACGACAAGCUGCUGACUUAGAAGGCCCUUCAAAUGACAUUUCAGUUGCGGGCUCAAGCAAUAUAGAUUUGCAUAAUCCGUCCACAAUGCCUGUUACAUCAACGGUUCAGACUCCAGAAUUAUUUAAAGGUUCCCUCAAAGAGUACCAACUGAAAGGGCUUCAGUGGCUGGUCAAUUGUUAUGAACAGGGUCUGAAUGGCAUACUUGCUGAUGAAAUGGGUUUGGGUAAGACUAUUCAAGCCAUGGCUUUCUUGGCACAUUUGGCUGAGGAAAAACAUAUAUGGGGCCCGUUUCUGGUUGUUGCCCCUGCUUCUGUCCUGAACAAUUGGGCUGAUGAAAUUAGCCGUUUCUGCCCUGACUUGAAAACUCUUCCAUAUUGGGGAGGACUACAAGAGCGGAUAAUAUUGAGAAAGAAGAUCAAUGCAAAGCGUCUGUAUCGAAGGGAUGCUGGUUUCCAUAUUUUGAUUACCAGCUAUCAGCUAUUAGUAGCUGAUGAAAAGUAUUUCCGCCGUGUGAAGUGGCAAUAUAUGGUGCUAGAUGAGGCCCAAGCAAUCAAAAGUUCCACCAGCAUAAGAUGGAAGACCCUUCUUAGUUUUAACUGCCGGAAUCGCUUGCUUCUGACCGGCACCCCUAUCCAGAAUAACAUGGCAGAGUUGUGGGCCUUACUGCACUUCAUCAUGCCGACAUUGUUUGACAGCCAUGAACAGUUUAAUGAGUGGUUCUCAAAAGGAAUCGAGAAUCAUGCUGAGCAUGGAGGCACUUUGAACGAGCAUCAGCUUAACAGAUUGCAUGCAAUCUUAAAGCCAUUCAUGCUCCGACGAGUAAAAAAAGAUGUGGUUUCUGAGCUAACUAGGAAGACGGAAGUUACUGUGCACUGCAAGCUGAGUUCUCGACAACAAGCUUUCUAUCAGGCUAUUAAGAAUAAAAUUUCUCUGGCCGAGUUGUUUGAUAGCAAUCGUGGACAUCUUAAUGAGAAGAAAAUAUUGAAUUUGAUGAAUAUCGUUAUCCAACUCAGGAAGGUAUGCAACCAUCCAGAGUUGUUUGAAAGGAACGAAGGAAGCACAUAUUUCUAUUUUGGUUUGAUUCCCAAUUCCCUUCUGCCCCCUCCCUUUGGGGAGCUAGAGGAUAUACACUAUUCUGGUGGUCAAAAUCCGAUAACAUACGAGAUUCCUAAACUGCUGCACCAGGAGGUGCUCCAAAGUUCUGAAACAUUUUGUUCUGCAGUUGGGCAUGGGAUAUCUAAUGAAUCCUUCCUGAAGCGGUUUAAUAUAUUUUCACCACAUUAUAUUUAUCAUUCUAUAUUCCCACCAGAUAGUAAGGUAGAUCAGGUAGUUACUAGAAGCGGAACGUUUGGCUUUUCACGCUUGAUAGAUUUCUCACCAGCAGAAGUUGGAUUUCUGGCUACCUGUUCCUCCAUGGAAAGGCUAUUAUUCUCUGUUCUGAGAUGGGAACGACAAUUUCUGGAUGGGAUAGUGGACUCGCUUGUGGAAUCUAUGGAUGAUGAGCUUAGUGGUGAUUAUGUCAAGCGAGGAAAAUUCAGAGCCGUGACAAGAAUGUUGUUGACGCCAUCGAAAAUUGAAACUAGUUCACUGAAAAAGAAAUUAGCCACAGGGCCGACUGAUUCUCCAUUUGAAGCAUUGGUGAUUUCUCAUGAUGACAGGCUUCUUUCAAACAUCAAACUUCUCCAUUCGGCAUAUACUUUCAUCCCGAAAAUUAGAGCUCCACCGGUGAAUUUUCAUUGCCCGGACAGAAACUCUGCCUACAGAAUGACAGAAGAACUACAUCAGCCAUGGCUUAAGAGGCUAUUAGUUGGUUUUGCACGUACAUCAAAACAUAGUGGACCCAAUGAGCCAGAUGGAUCUCCACAUCCUUUAAUUCAAGAAAUUGAUUCAGAGCUUCCUGUUUCACAGCCUGCACUUCAGUUAACAUACAGAAUAUUUGGUUCCUGUCCCCCUAUGCAAAGUUUUGACCCGGCAAAAUUGCUUACUGACUCUGGGAAGCUUCAGACACUGGAUAUAUUGUUGAAGCGCCUUAGAGCAGGAAAUCACAGAGUGCUCCUUUUUGCACAAAUGACAAAGAUGCUGAAUAUUCUUGAGGAUUACAUGAAUUAUAGAAAGUACAAGUACCUCAGGCUUGAUGGGUCUUCCACCAUUAUGGAUCGCCGAGAUAUGGUCAAGGAUUUUCAGCAUAGGAGUGAUAUUUUUGUAUUCUUGCUGAGCACCAGAGCUGGAGGCCUUGGUAUUAACUUGACGGCUGCCGACACUGUAAUUUUCUACGAAAGUGAUUGGAAUCCAACCUUGGAUUUACAGGCUAUGGACAGAGCUCAUCGUCUGGGUCAGACAAAAGAUGUAACUGUUUAUCGGCUGAUUUGCAAAGAGACCGUAGAAGAGAAAAUUUUACAAAGGGCGAGUCAGAAAAAUACUGUGCAGCAGCUUGUUAUGACAGGAGGUCAUGUUCAGGGUGAUCUCUUGGCACCGGAGGAUGUUGUUUCAUUGCUUCUGGAUGACACACAGCUUGAGCAAAAACUCAGAGAAUUUCCACUACAGGUGAAGGACAAGCAUAGGAAAAAGCAGUCUACGAAAGGUAUACGAUUAGAUGCAGAAGGGGAUGCAUGUUUGGAGGACCUAACAGAAGCUGCAGGACCAGAAAACGGGCAGGAACCUCCCCAAGACCCGGAAAAGGCAAAAUCCAGUAACAAAAAGAGGAAAGCUGGUUCAGAGAGGCGAGUAGCUUCGAAACCAAGGAAUUCUCAGAAAACAACCGAAAAUAUGCAUAUUGAGACGGAUGGAUGAUCCUCUUCAGAAUACAGACUGGCAAACUUAAGAGGCCAAAAAGAGCCCGAGCGACAAAUGAGAAUCUCGAACCCGUGUUUUCAGCCAUGUUGGCAUCAGACGCAGAACCUGAGUAAUGGUCUGAGCAGCUCCGGUACAGCAGCUGAGGUGAUCUAUCGAUCGAGAAGCCAACGGGAGACAAAAUGGAGUGAAGAUGUUAUUCACAGGCAGGGCUUUAGCUUUAAUAAAUAUCUAGCGGUGGUUCUCUUAUCAGUCCUGCCCCGAGUUUUUGGCUGUUGAAGAGAUGAAGCAGAGGGCAGAGUGAUGCAACUGUAUAGAUAUUAGAUAUCUGUGUAGAAGUAGAGUUGAUUAUAUGUUAUUGAUUGUAUCAAUGGAUGUUAUCACUAAUCAUCCUCUCAUAAAGCAAAUAGCUAAGAUGUGUUGAUUCUGACAAAGUAGACAGAGACAUCAGGUAUCAUCAACUGAAGUGAUUUCUUUGGUGGAUUGGACGCGUUUCGACCCGUUAAAGUUCAAAUAUUCAGAAUAUU